UUCUGAGCUAAUAUCAAAUUGACAAAAAUGGCGAAGAGACCAAUACAUCUGACAACACUGGUUAUUACUUGUAUGUAUGUAUACAAUGUAUUGCUGGUAAGUCAAAUUGCAAACGGCCAAUCAACAACACCAAAAACCACAGGCAACUUGAACGUCACCGGGAAAGAGUGUACAGAGGAACAAACAAAGAGAACCGUAAUAGCAGAAUACUAUAGCGCUGUCUGUUACCGUGAGGAAAGAACCUGUGAUCCCUUACAACCAUGGAUAUGUACAAGCAAGAAAGUAUCAACAUUCUGUAGUCAGCUGAGAUACAAAGAAAUCUACAGUACAUCUAGCGUUGCGGUGUGUUGCCAUGGCUACGACUUGGAUACCUCACGAGACAUCUGUAUUAGAGUAUGCCCGCCUGGAAUGUUUGGAGACGAUUGCUCAGAAUCAUGUGGGUGUUUACUGACACAGAACUGUGACCCGUAUACAGGUGCAUGUACCUGUAAGCCAGGUUAUACAGGAACCGGGUGUGUCAAUGUGUGUCAGCCGAAAACCUAUGGUGUUAACUGUGCAGAAACGUGCAACUGUGACUGGAACAACACGAUAUCUUGUGACGGAGCUUCAGGAGACUGUUGGUGUCGAGGAGGCUGGAUGGGUAAAUCAUGUCAGACAGAAUGUCCCCCUGAUUAUUAUGGAUUCGACUGUAAAAACAAGUGUAAUUGUUCUGCCAAUCAGACGUGUGAUUUACAAACAGGAGACUGCGCAUGCGCCACUGGAUACACCGGGGUUUAUUGUACUGAACGUAUUGUCCCGUCUCCACAAGGACAAGAUGAUGUACCCGAUUACCUACUGAUCGUCAUACAAGUUCUCCUGGCUGUAGUAGUACUGGUAGUUAUACUGGCCUUCGUCAUACACUGUGUCCGAAAAAGGAAUAUACGCAAGUCUCAUGAUUGCACAGACGGCAGCGUAACAGGUAAUACAAAUACUAUCUUGGCUGAUUACUAUAGUAACCUGUCCGUAAAAGAACUCCAAAAGAAAAGAAAACAACAUGGCGAUCACAGUCCAAGACGGUCACAAGCUCCUAAUGGUAGUCUGUAUACAGAAGUUGACAAACCAAGCCGAACAAAACCAAAGCUGUCUCCGUAUCAGGAAUCAGGUGUCGUUUUCUUAAAACGAACAAGUAUUAAAGAUAAUGCUAUAGAUGAUUUAGUGGAAAACGGAAAUAAAAACCAAUAUCUGGAAGGAGCUGACCAAUCACAAAUAACUGCGUAUGUUAACGAGGGUGCGAAAACGGAUGAUACGUAUGACAAACUGGGAAAGGAAAGACACGUGCAAGAAACUGAGCAAUCCAGAACAGAUCACUAUGAUCACAUGAAGAGAAAUCAGUGCAAAACAGGACAUUCUGAUGACGCAUAUGAUGAACUUGAAACGAAGUCAUCCGAAAAAAAACUUGAUAACAAUAUUGAUGAUACUUACGACCACACACAUGAUUUGAGUUCCAUCUCUGUAAUAUUGGUUGGAGUGGAUGUUUCACAUGCUGCCAAGGCACAACCGGAAACUACGUCAUCCGGAAGCCCCCAAAUCGUCAACCUUACCACGAAUUCCGGCUCCAAUACCGAUUUAUUUUUUGAACCAAAAAACUGUACUCGACAAAAAAUAAUGAAAACCUGUAGUGGUUUGUGGUUCUGGGAGAAAUGCCGUACACAAUAUUCUUCUUCGUCGUGUACAAAGACCCGUAUGAAAUUACAGACAAUGUCUACAGCUGAAGCUAUAUGUUGUGAGGGAUUCGUUCCGUAUAAUGAUACUGCUCCAUUUUGUCUGAAAGGAUGUGAGACCGGAAGGUAUGGGGAAAACUGCACACGUGAAUGUAACUGUACCGGCAAUACUAGACCAGAUUGUGAUUUGACUACGGGUGACUGCAAAUGUACGGAGGGAUGGACUGGACCAAACUGUACCGAUGUAUGUGCAAAGGGAUUUUACGGCCACAACUGUGAAAAUGCAUGUCCAUGUGAAAACAACAGUACAUGUGAUCACAUGAACGGAACGUGCAACUGUACUAGCCCAGGUUGGACCGGAGACAAGUGUGAUACAGUAUGUCCAGAAGGCAGGCACGGACACUACUGCAAACAAAACUGUUCCUGUCCCAUAAACGCAACCUGUGAUCCCUUCACUGGAGAAUGCCAAUGUAUUGCAGGUUUAACAGGUGGCAACUGUACAAAUGUUUGCGAUGAUGGGUAUUUUGGUGCUGAUUGCAAACAGACAUGCACGUGCAUAGCAAACAGGACAAGAGCUUGUGACCCCGCAAAUGGAACAUGCUCCUGCGCACCUGGAUGGACGGGUCGGAACUGUGCCAAAUACUGCUUGCCCGGGACAUUCGGAGAGUCUUGUCAGGAAACGUGCAACUGUACAGACACCGAGGCAUGUAACCCAAUGAAUGGGCAAUGUGUUUCCAGAUUUCUUUGUAGUGUGAAUGGGACCUCCAACUGUGAUCCUACAUUAGGUGUAUGUGACUGUUCUGGUGUCCAACAAAACAUUCCGCUGGAUCUUUCUCAUGGAAGCAUCCGUGAUAUCCUGAAUAACCCUAAAGAUAUCUGUGAUUCCGUCAAUAACCAAACUGAAUUCUGUGUUCCGAGAAAUGGAUCUGUUCGUUGUGAAUGCCUUGCUGGAUGGAUCGGGUACUCGUGUGAAAAACCUUGCCCUAGAGGAAUGUACGGAGAAGGCUGCGGUCAACGAUGUACAUGUGGUGACGGUGAAGGAUGUGAUCAUGUUGAUGGACGUUGUGUAGAUACCGGAAACAGUAAGAGACAGGACACAAACCAGGACACACCAGAUAUAGGCCUUGUAUUAGGCAUUGUAAUAUCAUCAACCGUAGUUAUCAUAGUUGUGGUGAUAUGCGUCGUUAUGUAUAAACGCAAAGGAGGUCGAAAGUUCAGCGACCUUCAAAUGACAGUGCGGAAAACAAGGACUGCAAAUGAAAGGUCAUUUGCCGACAACCACACCUAUGAUCUCAGACAACCAGAUAUCAUUGAAGCAACUAGCAGAAGACCUGUUAAGGCUGAGGGCAGCAGCAAUGAAAAUGACAACACGUAUGUCAAUUCGCCAAGUAAUGGACAUUCAAGUAAUCGCGAAAAGGGUGCCACUAGAAGUAAAGACAAUUAUUCUCGGGUAGUAAAAUGCAAGGACGGAAAUUAUGACGAUUUUAAAAGCAUGGGUCUUAAUGAAAACGACGGGAACGCGUAUGCAGGAAAUAUAGCAGAUGAUGUUUAUAAUACUCUGAACAAUAAAGAUGGUCGACAUUCUAAUGGCGUAUCACCCCGGGAUGAUGAGUACAGUCAUGCAAACUUUGCUGCCGCAUCAGAUACAUAUGAUGUCAUGUCGAGAAGAACCGAUCCCACCAGCGGAGAAAACAUGUACGAAAGUUCUCGAGAGUUAUCGAACACAUACGAUGUUUUCCGAAACAAAGGCGAUACCGAUAUUAUUUCCGAUUCUAUGUACGACACACAAAGUAAUAUUGCUGCUGAAUCGGGAAAGAACAGUAAACAUUACAGUCUGCCAUCCUGAUAGACUUAGCAUUGAUAUAGGAUGUCAUUAUUCAAGGAGCAUGUAGAAUAUAUCUACAUAAAAGUGCUGUUGUUCCAAUUGUAUGCAAUUACUCUAUUUGUAAAUGUGAAAUCAUUUGAUGAGCAUGUUUGGGUAAAUAUAUUAGGAGAAUACAAAUUAAAUAUAAAAAAAAAUCUAUUUGGAUCACAAAAUUGAUUUAGACAAGAUUGCAAAUUGCGAAUAACCAAAAUAACCAAAAUUGUAAAUUUACAUUUCACAAUUUCGCUCAAAAUGGGUAUUCAAACGAGAAUUAUAUUAUAGUGUGACCAUUGAUAUUUGGACGCCAUGUUUAAUUCUGUUGUUGUAUAUUAAUAUUAUCUUAAUUAUAAGUAUUACAGAUUUGUAAAUUAUGUAGGGAUAAUAACGUAUUGUUUCAUACAAGCAUAUCUUGCUGACCUCGUAUUACAACAUUUAAAUCAUGCUAUACUUGGCCGAGUGGUUAAGGUGUCUCGACACUUUAUCACUAGCCCUCCACCUCUGGGUUGCGAGUUCGAAACCGACGCGGGGCAGUUGUCAGGUACUGACCGUAGGCCAGUGGUUUUUCUCCGGGUACUCGGGCUUUCCUCCACCUCCAAAACCUGACACGUCCUUAAAUGACCCUGGCUGUUAAUAGGACGUUAAACAAAAACAAACCAAGCUAUACAUGUACAUAUUCAUUCUUUAUAUAUAUAUAUAUGCUAUUCAUCAACAUUUCUGUUAAAUUCGAUUGUCAAUUUUACAUCACUAUCAUAUCAUAAUACCCGUCACUAAAUAUACAGUCAACUUGGUUAUUUUCAGCAUACCAACAAUCAGAACGAUAAAGUAGUUACUAGUUAAAUCUUUCUGACUUUUGAAAAAUAAGCCAACCUGAAAAAUAUAAGGUAACAAUCCGUGUUCAAUAGAGCUUUAAUUCUGUGAACGGGACAUUUUCCAUGAAUUAAAUAUAGGGCGCGGUAUUUUCCGAAUAUGUGACACUGGUGUAUUUUAGGAGCAGUGCAUAAGCGAGGUGUAUCAUUAAACUAGUUAAUACUGUACCUGUGCAAAAUUUAACUACUCUUAUCUGCAAAAAAAGGUAACCAUGCAAAGCCAGAGGACGAUUUAAAUAGCACCUGCCUGUUUUAUAUCUCAUGUUAUAUACUGUUUCAUAUGUAUUAUGUUGACAACGGGGUGGUACCCGCAUAAUUUUUUGUAUGUGGUAUCGCUAGCUCUGUCGUUAAUUCAGAAACUUGUUGAUAUGUUGAUUUGGUUUUUUUUUAAAUGCUGAUGCACUGCAUUUGUUAUCUGUUUUGGUGCACACCAUGAACUGAGGACGAAUACAUCGUGAUGUAAAUGAAAAGAUGAUCCAUGUACACCCACCAAUAAAUGAAUCAUGAUAUAAUUACGUCAUAUACUGUGUAGGUGUUUCUGUCCCUGAUAACGCCCUCUAUUGUACACCUUUUGUAUCACAGGGUAUUUGGUUCAUUUGCUCUUAAGAUAAUAAAAAAAAUGGUUUCUUUCAGUAGUGAAUUGUUUUCGGAAGUAAUCGUGAUAGAGGUAGAAACAAAGUUAUAUUUAUCUUCUACACUCUGAACAAGAAAUAUCAGACCACGAUAAAGGGCCACCAAAAUAGUGACAAGGUAUUCUAUUGAAACACUAGAUUCUCUCAUAACUCUUAAAUACACAAAUAAUAGUGGACAGGAAUCCUAACAUAAUGUUGUUACACUCUGUAAACCAUUACACAGUAUCCUAAUCAAAUGUCAGAUAGCCUACUUUGGGUUGCCAACAAAACUCGACUUAGACACUCCUAAACCCAAGUUAAAAAUGCCUUACCCACUACACUUUCGUAACAGUAUUACAUGCACAUGUCUGCAUUCACGGGUAUCUGUGCUUGAAAAAAGUAAAACACAACAUGACUAGGAAACCAGGAAGUGUUUCCUUAUAAGCACCUAUUGUAACUGUCAAGAUAUCACCUAACAAGCUUGUCAAUUUAUCAGCGACGACGUAAAUACAAUGUACAUAGUUUGACCAUGAAUAUUAUAUUUUGCAUUUCAUUUUAGUGAGAAGACAAAUAUCAGUGACUAUGUCUUAGGAAAACUUAAUCAUUCUUUUUUUCUUUGGUUAAUAAACUAAACACAAUGGAGAAAAGGAGUAAUCGUAAAUAUGUUAAUGAAAAAGAGAACACAAGAGAAACCUUAUGUGGUGUAAGUAAACAUUGACGUAGCUCCACUUCCAACCCCUUCGUGGUACAGUUUGCUCUUCGAUCUUAAAAAAAGGUGCAGAAUUUGAAAUAAGUAGCUUGUAACAAAUGCUACAUAAACAACAGAGAAUAAAUCGAUGAAACAAAGGAAUGUCCCAUUACUACCACUUUGGGUGAGCUGAUAGACCGUUUUAUUAAUAAAAUAUCAUUAAACAAAAACAAAA